AUGUCUCAAUAUUCGAACUAUUCCGAUCGUCGAUCAGCUGUCCCUGCCUCGUUUGAAAAAGUUAAAAGAUAUACUAAGGACCUAGUGUAUUCUAAGGAUAAAAAAGUUAUCAAUCGUGCAUUCUUAGGCUUAGCUGAAAUGACUUGUCCUAUCGAAAUCUUUGAGAAAUGCCAGGUGGAGAAGAUCUUGCAAAAGUUCUAUAAAGAGAAGGUUGAGUACUUCUAUCAAGUAAAUGUUCUCACCAAUAAGUUGAAUACACUGCGUUGUGACAAGUAUAUGGAGAACAGUGCUCAAUUCAAAGUUGAAGAAGGAUACGACCCGGAGCACCCAAUGUUCGAGACGGCAGUAGAUGCUAAGGUCGAGAAGUCAAGACUACUAGAGGAGCAUGCAGAAUACAAACCAACACGAAUUCGAGGAGUGCCAUUUAAAAGAUUCAAUCGAUAG